AUGAAAAUUAUCAUCGUUGGAGCAGGCAUCGCGGGCCUUUCGCUAGCCAUUGCCCUCGGCCAGUCUGGCCACCAAGUAACAAUUCUCGAUGCUGCCCCUCAGCUUGCCGAGCUGGGUGCCGGCGUUCAGAUGACAUCACAAGCUCUGAGAUACUUGUUCCGAUGGGGUCUUGAAGAGCAUCUUCUGGCGGAGUCUAUCAUCCCUGAAAACCUGCAUGUAUGGGAUGGGAACAGCGGCAAUCUCUUGGGCCAUGUUCGAAUCAGACAAAUGGAGGCUCAGUACGGUGCCCCGUAUAUUGUUGUCCAUCGGGCCGUCUUACACAACAUCCUACAUCGCCACGCCAUCAAAGCCGGCGGUGAACUGCUCCUGGACAGCAAUGUCGUUGAGUAUGAUUUCGCCAAUGGUGCGGUCCAGCUGCGGAACGGCAAAAAGCUAACAGCCGAUCUUGUUGUUGCUGCCGAUGGAAUCAACUCUUUCGCCCGAUCUAAACUUUUAGGGAACAAGAAUCCUGGUAGUCAACCUACUGGAUGGGCCGCUUUUCGUAUGACGGCUGAAGUCUCCAAGCUCAAAGCCGAUCCAACGACUUCGAGCCUGGUUGACCUCCAGUCUCGCAGCUCAAACUUUUGGAUAGCUCCACAGAUAUCAUGCAUGACAUACUUGAUCAAGGAUGCCACCCUGCUCAAUAUAGUUCUCACUCACCGAGAUGAUGUCGACACCAGAGAUUUUGUUCCAGAUGAAUGCAAAAACAUAGUCCGGGACUUGUUCAAAUACUUUGAGCCUCGUGUUCAACGCAUAUUGGACCUUUCUACACCCAAAAUUGCCAAUUACCCCGUAUAUGCCGUACCGCCGUUGCCUUCCUGGGCCCACGAAUCCGGCCGCUUCGUCCUCAUGGGCGACGCUGCCCACGCAAUGGCCUUUUACAUGUCCAUGGGCGUCAGCAUCGCCGUCGAGGACGCAGCAGCCCUUGCAGCAGUCCUAGACCUUGCCUGCCCUCCCGGAUCCAGCUUUUCUCUCUCAAACGAAGCAGACGCGCGGAGAUUAAAAUAUGCACUGCACGUUUUCGAAACAGUGCGAAAGCCGAGAGCCGAAGCCGUGCAAGAGGCGAGUCUGCAUGGCGGAGACUCGCUGCAUGCUUCAAGUGAAGAAGAACGCAGAGUUCUCCAUGAAGCUCUUGGCCAUUCGCACAAUGACGAGAUCUGGCCGCUGGAGAACGACACCAGUAAUAGACGCAACUUUGUUCAAAGAUGCAAAUCAACUGGUCAACGGCUUGGGCCAGGCGGCAUCACGGAUAAAGGAACAAGAGAUUGGUGCUAUAAUUACGAUGCCAUCGGCGCCAUCGAGGAAUAUUACAAGUCCUCGUCUGCGGAAAUACUUACUUGA